GAGAGGAGCAAAGGCAUAGAUGGGUAAAAUCGGCAGGACCAAGGAAGAAAAGGCAGCGUUGCAGUUCGCGGAAUGCCCGCACUGCUGUGUGACUUGAAAUCUUAAUAACUCGACAAUGAAGAGAUUAUUCCAUUAACAAAGGGCUGGCAGAUCGAGCCACGUUGAAUAGGGGGUCCCGCUGCAGGGGAGGGGAGAAAGGGAUCGAGGGAGAGAAGAGAGACGGAGAAGGGCCGGUGGAGAUUGAAGGACAAUAUACUGUGGGGUGGGGAGAGAGACCGAGCUACACCAGCCCCUCACUGCCCUUUCUCCAGAAGCUGAUAGAGGAAAAUGGAAACUGGACGCUGCGAGAACGGGAAGAGCUCUAGUCGAGGCCUGGCUGGCUGAUUUAGUGGUUUGUUCCUCAUCUUGAAUCGCCCCAUUGUUUGCCUCAACCCUGCUCUUGGUCGGGGAGGGGGAGAGUAGACGAGGAGAGGGAGAGAGGGGGGGGGCGAUGCUUCGACGCCGUGUGCCGGCCCCUCUAGCAGAGAAGGAUCGAGGAGGUGAUGGAGACAAUCGGAAUACACAAGAGGAUUUGCACCAGAGAGCGGCAGGAGCGCGGAGAGGCCCACAGAGACACCUGGAUGUUUUGGACAAGAAACGUGGAUAAAUUAUGAAUGGGGGGGCGAUGAUGAUGAUGAUGACGAAGGGACAUCAAACGCAGAGGAUGAGAGUCAACGUUUGCAGGACUGUUAGCCGGCUGGUGCUGGUGGUACUCUGGACCUUAUCAUUGUUAGGGGGACUAGCCCAGCCACACAUCUGUCCCAAGGGCUGUUCGUGUAGCAACCAAUUCAGCAAGGUGAUCUGCACUCGCUUUGAGCUACGUGAGGUCCCCAGUGAAAUCUCCACCAACACACGCUACCUGAACCUGCAGGAGAAUGUCAUCCAGGUGAUCAAGGCUGACACCUUCAAGCAGCUGAGACACCUGGAGAUCUUGCAGCUCAGCAAGAACCUGAUCCGGCAGGUGGAGGUGGGAGCCUUCAACGGCCUCACCAGCCUCAACACUCUGGAGCUGUUUGACAACCGGCUCACCACCGUGCCCAGUGGGGCAUUCGAGUACCUGUCCAAGCUGAGGGAACUGUGGUUAAGGAACAACCCCAUCGAGAGCAUCCCCUCCUACGCUUUCAACCGGGUGCCAUCUCUCCGGCGGCUGGACCUGGGCGAGCUGAAGAAACUCGAGUACAUCUCGGACGCUGCCUUCGAGGGCUUGGUCAACCUGAGGUACCUGAACUUGGGCAUGUGCAACCUGGCAGAGAUCCCCAACCUCACGCCCUUGCUGAGGCUGGAGGAGCUGGAGUUGUCGGGCAACAGGCUGGAGGUGAUCCAGCCCGGCUCAUUCCAAGGACUGACCAGCCUACGCAAGCUGUGGCUGAUGCAUGCUCAGGUCCAGUUGAUCGAACGCAACGCAUUCGAUGAUCUACAGUCGCUGGAGGAGCUGAACUUGUCUCACAACAACCUGACCUCGCUGCCCCACGACCUCUUCACCCCUCUACACCGUCUGGAGAGAGUCCAUCUCAACCACAACCCCUGGCAUUGCAACUGUGAUGUGUUGUGGCUCAGCUGGUGGCUCAAGGAGACAGUGCCCAGUAACACCACCUGCUGUGCCCGCUGCCACUCGCCACCUGGGCUGAAGGCUCGCUACCUGGGCGAGUUAGACCAGAGCCACUUCACCUGUUACGCACCGGUCAUCGUGGAACCACCGGCCGACCUCAACGUAACCGAGGGGAUGGCGGCCGAGUUAAAGUGCCGGGCGGCCACCUCCAUGACCUCGGUCAACUGGAUGACCCCUAACGGCACCCUGAUGACCCACGGAUCGUACCGGGUGAGGAUCUCGGUGCUUCACGACGGCACCCUCAACUUCACCAACGUGACAGUCCAAGACACCGGGCUGUACACCUGCCUGGUCAGCAACUCCGCGGGCAAUGCCACCGCUUCGGCCACCCUCAACGUGUCGGUGGCGGAGAGUGGACUGACUGGCGGUCUGGGCAGCGGAGCGGGCAGCGGCGGCUCCAACAGCUACAGUUAUUUCACCACCGUGACGGUGGAGACCGUGGAAGUGGUGGAUGACCCGCGCUCCACCGAGCAACAGGCUGGACCCACGCCCUCGGGUGCCUCUGCCUACUCCCCCUCCUCCUCUCCCUCCUCCUCCUCCUCCACCACCCCACAGUCGGCCUUCACCGUGCCUCUGGCCACCGAGCCGGGUGACCACGCACUGGCCGGACUGGACGACGUGAUGAAGACCACCAAGAUCAUCAUCGGCUGCUUUGUGGCUAUCACCUUCAUGGCUGCAGUCAUGCUGGUGGUCUUCUACAAACUCCGCAAGCAGCACCAGCUACACAAGCACCACGGGCAGGCUCGCACCGUGGAGAUUAUCAACGUGGACGAUGAAUUGGCCGGCUCUGCCCCGACCGACAGCUGCCUGGCGCUGCCCGCAGACCACCUCAACCACUACGCCACCUACAAAGCUCACUACAACAACAACACAGCCACGGGCACCAACAAUCCCACCGCUCCACUCAACUGCACAAAAAACCCGCUCCACAACUCCGUGCACGAACCACUCCUCUUCAAGUCCAGCUCUAAAGAGAACGUUCAAGAAACGCAGAUCUAGGGACCGGUGGAUGGAUGGAGAGGGCUGGGAGGAGGACAAGGGGACACAUACUAUGGGAGGGUGUGUGUGUGUCCCUGCCCUUUCUUCUUCUUGCAUAUGGUGGGGCACAGCCUAAAGUUGUGGGACAACUUCAUUGUGCACGCCAGGUCGAUUGCAUUAGUCGAUGUUGGGGUGGACCACAUGAAGGUUGCAAUCUCCCACCUCUUACUCCCUGCCCCCUGUUUUACUGCCCGUCUCGGCCCACAAUGGGGGGGGGACGUCACUCUCCCCCCCCCCCCCCCCCACACACACACACACACACACACACACCCACACCCACACACACCCACACACACACACACACACACACACACACACACACACACACACACACACACACACACACACACACACACACACACACACACACACACACACACACACACACACACACACACACACACACACACACACACACACACACACACACACCACACACACACACACACACACACACACACACACACACACACACACACCACACACACACACACACACACACACACACACACACACACACACACCACACACACACACACACACACACACACACACACACACACACACACACACACACACACACACACACACACACACACACACACACACACA